AUGAUCUCCGGCGUCGAGCUCGGCGCCGUAUAUGCUGGCACCAAGUUGACUGCCACGUCGGCGUCAGGUAGGCAGGGUAUGUGGCAUCUCGGCGCCAUGAGAUGUGUGACCGUGGCGCUAUGCUACGCCCCUGCUCGUGGCGUCCGGAGCUGCGCUCCGGCCGACCGGAUCGCACUCUCUAGCUUCUCGAACAACCUCGACACGGCGAUCCACGGGUGGCCAGGCGCGGGUAACUACUCCGACGACUGCUGCCGGUGGCUCGGGGUUCGUUGCCGCCGGUUCGGAGCAUACGGCGGUGAGCUCCGGGUCGCCAGCCUGGACCUCGCCGGCCGGGGCCUCACCGGCGCCCUGCCAGGCACGCUGGCUCGCCUGGACGAGCUGCGCGUUCUCAACCUCUCCCGGAACUCGCUCCAUGGAGCCCUUCCGCCAGAGCUUCUUCAUAUGCCGCGCCUGGAGGUCCUGGACCUGAGCCAGAACAACCUCACCGGCGAACUCGGCGGCGAGGAGCCGGCGCCGCCGGGUGCCUCCGGGCUCGUGCACCUCGACGUCUCCCUCAACAGGCUAACAAGCCUGCGGAGCGGCGUGUUUCUCGGGCUUCCACGGAUGCGGAGGUUCUCUGCCGAGUCGAACCAGCUCACUGGAGCCCUGCCCGGCUCACUGUCGUCGUGCUCGGAGCUCGAGUACCUGAACAUGGCGAACAACUCCCUCCACGGCAAUCUUGGUUUGAAUUUGAACUUCUCACACCUAACGAGGCUCCGCGCCCUCCACCUCGGCUGGAACUGGCUGAGCGGCCACCUCCCGGCAAGCCUCUCGCGCUGCCGGGACCUCAGGGUGGUCAACCUUCGCCGCAACAACCUCUCCGGGCCGGUCCCGUCAGAUUUCCGGCUCCUGCAGGCGCAGUCCUUCUUCGACAUCGGCAUCAACAGCAUCACCGGUAUAGCGCCGGCGCUCCGGGCGCUCCAGGAGUGCCGUGCCCUCGCCGUCCUCAUCCUCACCACCAACUUCCAAGGCGAGGAGAUGCCUGGUGCCAGCGCCAUCCGCGGGUUCCCAAGCCUGCGGCUGCUCGGCAUCGCCAACUGCGCGCUCCGCGGCGCGGUGCCGCCGUGGCUGCGCGCCAGCGCCCGGCUGGGCGUGCUGGACCUGUCGUGGAACCGGCUGACCGGCCAGAUACCGCCGUGGCUCGGCAGCUUCGACUCGCUCUACCGGAUAGACCUCUCGAACAACGCGCUCGCCGGCGAGAUCCCGCACUCCCUGGCGCGUCUGAGAUCGCUCGCCGGCAGCGCCCUGGGCGCGUAGGUGUCCAUGUCCGAGUACGGCGUGCG